AUGGAUCUCCAAAAUCCCAUCUUUAUCUUCGCCGCUGCAACCGUCGUCGCCGCCGUGUUCAUGGCUGCUUGCUGCGAUUCUCGUCAACUACCGGCGGAGAAGAAUACGGAAGAUAAUGGUGGCGAGGGUGGUAGGGUUAGGGUUAACUGGGGUGAAGAGAAAGAUUUUUUGCCGGUCGCUACCCCAUCUCUUCCGGAUCUUCCAUCUCCCACCCCACCUUUUCCGAAUUUUCCAUUUCCUACCCCGCCUCUUCCGAAUUUUCCAUUUCCUACCCCGCCUCUUCCCAACUUUCCAUUUCCCACCCCACCACUUCCUAAUUUCCCACUUCCACCCCCAAUUCCUGGGAUUCCUCAACUUCCACUCCCUCCCCCACUGCCCUUCCCUAGCAUUCCUGGCCUCCCUCCCUUUCCACCUUUGCCGCCUAUCCCUAACAUUCCUUUCUUCACUCCUCCUGCCCCAGCAUAG